GCAAGUGGAAGCACAAUCAGAAGAGACGUCAAUACGACUUUGAUGGGGAGAAACUGACAGAAGCAACAGGUGCCAUCAUGACAACCCACAUGGAGUCUUCUCUCCCCUUGGUGAUCAUUUUCCUAGCUCUCCUUAAAGGCUACGCUUCUUUCACAACACCACCGCAAGGACCGGGAACAGAUCCCACAUCGUCUUCGAGACCACGCGGGUCUUUGGGCAGAGAGCAACGCUUCACCACGGAGGAUUACUACAACUCAGUUGACGACACUUUCCCCACCGAUUCGGUCUCCCCACAAAACAGGAAGGUUGAGCUGUGCGACUAUGACAUCUGCCUCGAGAUGCAGUUCACCUGCGUUCAGCUGUCAUCUUCUACCGGCUGCCUUUGUCCGGGGAUCAGCCUUGGUGUCCCAGAGGCGCCCGUCCUAAAGAGGGUGUCCAGAGAAGGGUCAGAGGUGAUGAUUUGGUGGUGCGCCCCAUAUUCACAUGUGACCUCUUACACCGUGACGGUGGCGGGAGAGGAGCGAGGGAAGUUCGGGGAGGGCCAGCGGAGGGGUUCUGUAGGGGUGGUGGACCACGGUGCGGAGGUUUGUGUUGUCGCGGCGAAUGAGGCCGGGGUCAGCAAGGGGUCCUGUAGGGUCUACCAGAGCAGGCAUAAUGAGUCUCUGAAAGCAGGACUGAUUGGAGGUGCUCUGGGCUUCCUCCUGCUCUUCUCACUAGCCGUCCUACUCUGGAGACACAGGAUGAGGAGGAAGUCAGAAAGCAGGAUCUCCACACAGGAAGUGGCUUACACACACGGGACAGACUCAGAGAACAGAGCGGAACUGGGUGUUCAAUGAGAGCAAGCUGAACUCGAGACGUCACCUCUUCCUCGCUGCUUUUUCCUGUUGCGUCGCACAACCCUCACGAUGAGAUUCGUGGUGGCCGAAAUUCACCCGGUGUCUGAAAUCAACGGGACAACAGACCAGUAGUGGAUCUAGAGAUUUGUUCCUGGGGUGGCAAAGGGGUGGCAAGACUGUGUCCCAGAGGUGGCAGCUGCCACCCCUUGCCACCCUGUAGAUCCGCCUCUGCAACAGACGAUGUUUGCAAAAGCCACAGCAGCUGGUAAACGACGGCUUACAACGGCUUCCUUCUUGACACACACACACACAAAUACACACACACACACACAUGAAAUCGAGUUUUUCUGUGACUUUUAAUCAUCAGUCAAUUUGAUAUCGCCGUCAAAACCAACUUACUAAGUCUUGGGCAGUAUCUCCAUACAAACAGUGAGUUGCCCCUUUGCUCAGAUGUGGCUGUGCGCUGUUAUUUAGCGUUAGCCUGUUUUCCAUACAUACUGGAUCAACAUGUCAGCUUUUACAGAUUCUGAAGUUCAUCGGGCAGCGAUGGGUUACUAAUACUGUACACUACCGUCACAACAUGCUGAGCUCUCAAGGCUGCUCAGCCUCAUGUCGACUGAGAAGUGAAUUAACAUUUAUUAGCAAAUCAAAGUAUGUUAAAGUAUGUUAAUACUGUUUCCUCAAUACUUGUUUUUUUUUGUAAUGCUAUCUCUCAGAUUUAUUUAGUGGACUUGGUCUCUCGCAGAAUAGGUUAAAUGGACAUAGAGGCUGGCCUUCAGCUGUUGUGGGUGCGAAACUGUUUCGUCCGCCUGCUAAUGCCAGUCAAUGUCUAGCUGACCCGGUUCCUGUGAGGAGGAACCUCCUUCUCAGAGGAGGGUCCUACAGAUGGUACAUGACAAGGAGCAUUUUGAGUCCCUGCUCAGUAGCAACCUCUGUGUCUGCUGUAAUAUGCAUCUAUAGGUUUACUUCGCUGUUACCUCAUUGUGUUUUAAGUAGUGCUCUGGAUGAGUGUCUCCCCCCGAGAUGGGCAAAAAUACAACCGAAUGUACCUGCUUCAAACUACAAAUACAUGUUUUCUGUAUUUUCAAAAUUAAAGAAAUCACUUGUUGAAGACAGUGACU